AUGCCUAACACUUUAUCCGACUCAUACCUCAAAUCCUCAGUUUGGAAGCCUGACUUAUUCAAGGGCAAAGUUGCGUUUGUUACGGGCGGUGCCGGUACUAUUUGCAGAGUUCAAACAGAAGCUCUUGUCUUGCUAGGCGCAGAUGCUGUAAUCUUGGGAAGGAAUGUGCGAAAAACAGAAGAUGCAGCUAAAGAAAUUGCUCAAUUGAGACCAGGAGCCAAGGUUCUUGGAUUGGGCAAUGUCGAUGUUCGUAAAAUCGACAGUCUCAAAGCCGCUGUUGACCGGACCGUUAAGGAAUUGGGAAGAAUUGAUUACGUCAUUGCUGGUGCAGCAGGUAACUUUCUCGCUGACUUCAACCACUUGUCUUCGAAUGCUUUCAAAACAGUUGUUGACAUCGACCUUUUGGGUUCAUUCAAUACUGUUAAAACCACAUUUGAGCAAUUGAGAAAGAAUAAAGGUUCAGUUAUCUUUGUCAGUGCUACUUUGCACUACACGGGUCUUCCAUUCCAGGUUCAUGUCAGUGCCGCUAAAGCAGGCGUUGACGCUUUGAUGAACGCCUUGGCUGUUGAGUUGGGUCCUCUCGGUAUCAAUCUCAACUGUAUUGCACCUGGAUUGAUUGGCAACACAGAAGGUGGUGCAAGACUCAAUCCGCCAACGGAAACCCCAUUGGAGAAUAGGGUUCCUCUUCAGAGAAUUGGUACAACCACUGAUAUUGCCGAUACUACAGUGUACUUAUUCUCAGACGCUGCAUCUUAUGUGACAGGAACUAUAUCAGUAGUCGACGGUGGAUUGUGGCAAAUUGGUGGAUUCUUGGGUGAAUUGUACCCAUCCGUUGUCAAGAUGCAAAACGAAGACCCUCAAGGAAAGUUACAGAAGUCCGCUCGGUGGGUGACAGAAGUACCUGAUUACGGAGAUUGGGGAGACGAAGAUUAUGACAACGAUUAUGACAACGAUUAUGACAAAGAUUAUGACGAAUAUGAAGACGAUAAUGUGGCGGAGUAUGCAGCUUCUGCAUCAGCACAACCAGACAGCGUAAAAGAGAAACAAUCAGAACAGACACAUGAACCGAAGUCUACAGAUCCAAAACAUGAACAUAAACUUCCGGACCCCAUUAGUGUCAAUGAUGUUUCCACAGAGAUACCACAUGCAGAGGUAAAAAGUCCCUUGGUUUUGUCUAUAGAUCGACAUGAGGAUAGAGCAGAUACCGAUAGUAGUGGUGAUGAAAGGGCAGAGACGGACACGAUUAUGCGUCAGCGUUCUGAAUUCAACCAUGGCACACAAGAUGACAGAAGCAAAGAACCUGCAAGUUUACCUCGUAGCGCAAGCACAUAUGAGCAAGUGGUACCUGGCGCUUUCCAGAACGAUGAGAAGAUUCACAAUGCGCUGAUUGCAAGUACAAACGACACCUCUGAAACGACUCUGGAUCAUGACUACAGGUUGCGGAAUGCGUAUGGCAGACAUGACAAGAACGAUUUUGUUGUUCCUCCUACUCCUACCUUUAGUGAAUUUUCUGGUCACUCUAAUUAUCCAGAAACGUUCUCCGAAGCCAGUUUCCAAUCAGACUCUUCAAUUCAAAGAGAACCUGUCAACUUGGCAGUGAAAGAUACACCUUGGACAGGAGCAGCCGAUUCGGUUUUGGAGGAGUCAAAUGAUGAUGGAGACGAGCACUAUGAACAAGCGCCGGACACUGGGAAAUUGGUUCUUUCUAUUGAUAAGAGAAAUGAUCUUGAUCAUGAUCAUGAUCAUGAGAAUGAGAAUGAGAAUGACGACAGCAGUGAUGAUGAUUGGGGAUACCAAGGCAAUGAAACUUCGGACGAGGAGGACGAUCAUUUGCAACCUCGAGAAGAACAUGAUAUCGAUUCAUACAUAAAUGAGUUGAGUGGAAAUGCUUCUAUUAAGGAGAACGAUCACUCAUUAAAGGCUCCGAAAGUGGACACAACAAACCCCGAGCCAAGUGUUUUUGAUGUUGAAACCAAAGAUGAAAUAGAUAGUCCAAUUGCACCAUUGUCUAUUGCUCGUCAACACCAUACCUACUUGAAUGAAAUGGCCAGUCGAAAGCUGUCAGUGCGGAAAGCUCCUGCAAAAGUUGAAUCGGGUGACUAUUCUAAUAUACUAAACGGAUACGGGGAAGAUGAAGAGUCGAGCAUAGAGCCCAAGGUUGGCCAUAGUCGAAAGGAGAGCCUCGAUUUUGUACCACCAAAUGUGGAUACACGUUCCAUACUCUCUAGUGGAUCUUUGUCCACCGGCAAACUUUCAUUCGAGUCAAAAACAGUCCACAAGCCAGAGAUAACUGAGGAUAGUGAGCCGGAUCACCGCAGGACAUCUCAAGCUACACUCAGCUUCGGCAAUUGGGUUCCCAACACCGAAAGCUAUCGCAAUAGGUUUAUCAACGACAACGAUAAUGAGUCGACUAUAAAUUUUGACUCUGAUGCAGCGUCCAAGUAUAACAAAUUUACAAAAGUCCGCAACCCAUCUGGCCUUUCUGAUGUUAUCUCCAACGCCAGCUCCAUUUCAGUGCCGGAAACGAUAGAUGCGGCUAUGCCAAGUAUCAAAGAGGACACUGAUGAUGAAGUUCAACAAGACCUGUUCAACGACAACAAGUCCAAUGACAAAUUGGAGCCCUUCAUGACUCAAGACUCGCUUUUUGAAUCGAAACCAUUUCAAAAGCCAGUGUUUGGAGAGGAGCGAUUGACACCGGCGGCUUCGAAAGACAAUUUGGCUCAAAAGUACUCGAGCUUGCUUCCAAUGCAAGACCGACAAGCAUCGGAUUGUGCUGCAGACAAGGCUCCAGCACAGCCGAGGUCGGUGUCGAGUAAUAGUAUCUCCACAACAGUUGUCACAACUGUGCCAACAACUUCCUCAACGUCGGACUUCAAGCCUAGUCCCUACCCAGUCUCAAACUGGAAAACUAUAGUAACAAUUUCCCAGCCCAUUGAUCGGAUUGCUGCUUUUAAAAAGGCAUUGGCCGAUGAGGCGGCUUACGAGACAGGAUUACAGUAUUGGCUCAACUACACUUUGAAGCAAAGUCCGGACUCUAGUAGUAAUAUCCAUAUUGGUCGGAUUGCUUCCGAGGCAUAUCAGAAUGCUGCACAUAAUGAUUUGAGGAGACAUGGAUCACUUAGAAGUAAGGUGAAUGUGAUGAAAGAUAAGGUUGAAGGAACCGGCUCUACGGCGUCAAACUUUGUCCAUACGAUUUUGCCACCUAUGGCAUUCGUGAUCAACAACACACCUAGUAUUAUAUGGGCUAUUGUUGAGUUUUUUUUUGAUAUCUGCUUCUUCUGGGUAAAACAUUUGUAUCACAUCUACAAUAGAAGAGAUCCUUUAAAAGAGCAUAUAAAACGACUACAGAAUGCAUCAAGUUACAACGAGUGGAAGCUGACCGCUUUUGAAAUUGAUCGCCUCACAAAUAUGGACUUGUGGCGUCAAAACUUUAUUAGCAAGCACUACGAUUAUGUAUUGAUCAAUGAACGGAUUAAAUCGCUAGCUGAAGCUAGAGACAAUAAUGACUCGCAAAAAAUCAUGUCCUUGUUGAGGUCGGGACUUAUUAGAAACUUUGGUGGUAUUGCUCAAAAGCGGUUGUAUUUGAAGUCGUACAUGGGGACUAAAUUCAAAAUUGAAGAGUACAUUAAUGAAAUUCUUCACUGUUUGGAGUUUUUGAAUGAAAGCUUGAGCAGUCACAAUGGUAAUGAGUAUAUUAUGAAUAGCAAGCAGUUGAAGUUGGACUUUUUCCAUGACACACGUCAGAGUUUUGGGUCCACUGCUUUGUUGUUGCAAGGUGGUUCCUUGUUUGGGUUGUGCCACUUGGGGGUUGUGAAAGCUUUGUAUUUUAAGCGCCUUUUACCAAGAGUAAUUGGUGGAAGUGCAGUUGGAGCAGCUGUUGCGUCGCUUGUUUGCACAUCAACGGAUGAUGAGUUGAUUCCCAUCUUGGUUAAUAUUGAAGAGAUGAUGAAGAAUAUCGAUAUCCUCAAUCAUGAGAUUGAUGAAAGAUUUGGCAAUGUUAUUGAAAACGUUGUUCGAAAGGGUUACAGCCAGGAUAUCUUACUCUUUCUCAAGUUUGUCAGAGACACAAUCGGGGACUUGACAUUUGAAGAGGCUUACAUCAAGACUGGAAAGAUUUUGAACAUUGUAAUACACCCAACAAACCGAAGUGUGCCUUCUUUACUCAACUACAUAACUGCACCAAAUGUCAUUAUCUGGACAGCAAUAUAUGCGUCGAUUGGAACCGGUGUCUUGUCUGACGAUAUUGCCUUAUAUGUUAAAGAUUACAAUAACGAAAUUGUUUUGCAAACGCCGGAUUUGGAGGUCAAAUUUUUGAAACCGCAGGAGGUGACAUAUCACACUUCUUACUUUAAAAACAAUAUAACAACGGACAUUUCGCAACGCCACUCACCUUUUACGAAAUUGACUGAAUUGUUCAACGUCAACCAUUUUGUCAUCAGUUUGGCGAAGCCAUACCUUGCACCAUUGAUCAGUAAUGAUUUGAAACAUUACCAUGCCUCGUAUGGCAAGCUUAGAUUUGACAAGAAAAGGAAAACAUACGAUGGGAGUGAGAUGAGCAAGAAAGAUAUUGAAAAGUUUGCAAAAGACACUGGCUUCAAUUUUAAAAAGAAGUUAAAGACAAUCAUAGGAAUGGAAAUAUUGCAUCGGAUUAUUGUGCUAAACAAAUUGGGGUUAUUGACUGAGGUUAUGAAACGGUUAUUCAUUGACGAGAAACCAACGGCGAUGCAGUAUGCUGCCUCUAUAAGAGAAGUCACCAUUGUUCCGGAGGUGAGUUUGCGUUAG